AUGACAACAUCCCUUCCCUUGCAGCCUUGCUGGUUGCUCGAUCUUCCUGGCGAGCUCAAGCUGAACAUCAUAUCCCAUCUGGACAGACGCAGAGAUCUCUACCACCUUUCUCGAACCUGUCGUAUCCUCGAGGACGUGACUAUGCGCCGCCUCUACCACAAUGUGGAUGUUGAAGUCCCUUCGAGAUCAGCCAGAACCGUCGGAUCGCGUGCUUUGCGGGCACCCGUGACCCAAUCGAUGCGAGAUCUUACGGUCAGAAAUGGUGCGAUGAUUCGAAAGAGAAACGAUACACAUAUACGGAGGAGGCGGUCAGAUGCAGGCACCGCGGAGGAUUUUGUGCAUGAUAUCUUAGAUAAAGUACCUACAAAUCAGCUGAAACGAUUUGCCUUCCUCCACCCAGCACCAAUGCAGGCGCAGAUGCUCGAAGUAUUGACCCGGAGACACAACUAUACAUUGAAGCAUCUGGCUUUCUACGAGUUAGAGUCAUCACCACAAGGUAACCUCUCCCCGAAAACCUUGCAAAGCCUGGAGUGCCAUAAUAUUAACGAAGGGGAAUCCUUGGUGAGAUUGCUUUGCGAGAAUAAAGGUACACUAGAAAGGCUUCGGCUUGGCCAAGAGAGGCAUCUGAUUGAUGAAUACCAUCGCAAUAAGCUUGGUUUCCUCGAGAAUUUGCCACAGCCACAUGAAAGCUUCUUCACGUCCGCAUAUUCCUUGGACAACUUGCCUCGACUCCGGGAACUGAGUUUGCACGGGCUGUCUCUGGAUAUGCUUCGACCGGACUCGAUCCCACAAGCCUUGUUUUUCUGCCAGCUUGAAAAACUGACUCUGGAAUCCUGCCCGGGAAGCGCUGAGCUGCUUGAGUCAAUUGCCGGGACGUUCCAUUGGGUGUCGUCUUCUCCAGAUGCACCGCGAUCGCCAGCAGUCUCCCCAUCAUUGAAACACUUCUUCUUCCGCCACGAGCAGCCUACAAAUGCACUGAAGGACUCUAUGGUACGCUUCCUGGCCUCUUUCGUUGGUCUCGAGAGCCUUUCGCUGCUCUUUGAGAACGCAACGUUCCUCGAACGUCCUUCAGCACUCAUUGCAGAGCAUGGGCGGACGAUCCGGACUUUGGUCCUAGAAUCCCGAAUCCAACCACGGGAACAUUUAAGCAUAGAUACAUCGCGUCCGUUCGGUGUCGGAGGCUACAGUCAAGAUAUCUGGGAAGAAUCAAUUAAUGACAUUGCCAGUCUUUGCCCCAACAUUGUCGAGCUGGGCAUUGGUUUCCCAUGGAAUAACGAGAUCGUCCGCCUCCGAAGAACGCUCCUCCCGACACUCCAACAUCUUCGAACAAUUCAUAUUCGCAAUUUCCCCGAGAAUCAGGUAUUCAGUCAGUUGGGCGACUACACCAUCAAAGAAUAUGCAACCAAAUUCGUCGAGUGGGUCUUCCCAGCACUGGUCGGACGAAACCGCCCUGCUCUGGAGCAUCUCGCGAUGGGGCCUACACUAUAUGAGAGUCGAUGGAAAAUGGGGCCGAAUAUUGCUUCUUCUGGUGCCGGCACGCAAUCACAACAGCGUCAGCUCCCCGAAUUCUUGCGCACUCAUCAUUUCGCACUCGACUGGGCGAAAACGAGGUUCGGACGCUGGAGUCCGCUCAUCACACCAGUGAGUGAAAAGUUGAUGGAGGAAAUGUGCGACCGAAAGCCUCUAGCUGGAGUUUUUGAGCAGGUGUGGUUAAAAUGA